CGUUCAGGAGCCGCUAAAGUGCAGCCCAGCAGCCCGGCUCCACUGCAGAAGACAGCGAGGCUCAGGAAGCAGCCGGACAGAGAGCCAAGAAGUCCUCAGAUCCAUCAUCGCUAUGGGAAUUACACCACCGAGCCACGAAGACCAAGAGCUCGCCCCUCACUGCCCGAGCCUCACCCGCUUCAAAACACGGACUAUAAGAGGAAGCUGCUGGAGGCGCUGGCAGCAGUAGGACGCAGCCCGGUGUCCUCUUGAUGCUCCUCCCGCCGCAGAGAUGCUCCUCCACCUGUGGUAGAGGAACCCCCGCCCGCGCGUCAGCAGCUGGACAUGUUCUGAGGAGAACCGCUGGGUCUGAAGAGAGGAAAAUGACUCCUAUCUGCCUGUGUGUGACGCUACUCUGUGCUCUGGUAGGAGAUAUCCAGGCCUCAGCCCCCGACCCCCUGGUCACGGAGGAGCUACUGUCAGCUCGUCAGUACCGCCACAUCGACCCGGCCACUGGUAGCCAAUUGGUGUGUGACAAGUGCCCGGCAGGCACCUACGUGUUGUCCCACUGCACAGAGAGCAGCGUGCGAGAGUGCAGUCGCUGCCCAGAGGGCACCUUCACACGGGGUGAGAAUGGUGUGCAGCAGUGCCACCGCUGCCAAAAACCCUGCCAAACACCCUUUGUUGAGAAGACCCCCUGCACGGCCACUUCGGGCCGAACAUGUGCGUGCCCUCCAGGCAGUUUUGCCCAGGCGGGUGAGUGCCGCCCCCAUUCGCUGUGCCAGCCCGGCUGGGGCGUCCGGAAACAGGGCAGCGAGACGGAGGAUGUGCGUUGCCGCAGAUGCCCACGGGGGACCUUCUCUGCUGUGGCCUCAAACACGCUGAGGUGCCAGACGCACACGGACUGCCAGGCACAACAUCUGACGCUGGUGCUUAAGGGCACUGAGGACAGGGACAACGUGUGUGGGAAUCCGCCAACAGGCCCAGCCCCAGUUUCCCCAUCCUCACACUCUCCCACUGACUCAGCACAGAAAGCAGUGCCCACAGCAUCUACAGCCAUCAAGGAUUUACCAACACAGCUUCCCAGCAGUCCACAAAUGGCCUUAGACUUUGCAGACGUUGCCACACUCACAAGCAUCUCAGGUGACAGCCCAGAAGACACAGAGGGCCCAAGUGCUCCCACGCAGGAUCCUUUGAGUUGGGCUCACAACCUCCCAACAUCACACAAUCCCCAGCCUGCUAAUCAGCCGGCAAUGGACCUGCUGUCAGAGGCUAAGGGUCAGGGACUGGCCUACAGGCCCAUCCGGAGAGGCUCUCCACGGCCCAGCAUGCACAAGCACUUCGACAUCAACGAGCACCUGCCCUGGAUGAUUGUGCUGCUGCUCCUGCUGGUGCUGGUGGUGAUCGUGGUGUGCAGCAUCAAACGAAGCUCUCGGGUGCUCAAGAAGGGUCCCAGACAGGACCCCAGCAGCAUCAUGGAGAAAGCCAUUCACAAGAAGCCCAGCUCUCCUGCACACAUCAAGGAGAAGUGGAUCUACUACUCCAAUGGCCAAGGUGUGGAUAUCCUGAAGCUGGUGGCAGCUCAGAUUGGCAGCCAGUGGAUUGACGUGUACCAGUCACUGGCUAACGCCACCGAGCGAGAAGUGGCGGCCUUCUCCAAUGGCUACUCGGCCGACCAUGAGAGGGCUUAUGCUGCCCUACAGCACUGGACCAUCCGUGACAGUGAUGCCAACCUGGCCAAGCUUAUCAACGCUCUCCACCGCCACCGGCGCAUCGAUGUGGUUGAGAAGAUCCGUGGCAUCAUGGAAGACAAUCCUCAGUUUGACCUGAACCAGCUGAUGACCUCUGUGAAUGUAAGCCAAUGUGUCAGUCCCAGCCAUAAGCCUUUGGAAGUGCCUGGCUUGGUGGUGGAGCAUUCACCGCUGGACCGCAAGGGCUUCUUUACUGAUGAAUCUGAACCGUUGUUGCGCUGUGAUUCCACCUCCAGCAAGGACUCCGCCCUCAGCCGCACAGGCUCCUUUAUUACCAAAGAGAAGAAGGACACAGUGCUGCGGCAGGUGCGCCUGGACCCGUGCGACCUGCAGCCCAUCUUUGACGACAUGUUGCAUAUUCUCAACCCUGAGGAACUGCACGUCAUUGAGGAGAUCCCUAUGGCUGAGGACAAGCUGGACCGCCUGUUUGAGAUCGCAGGGGUCAAGAGCCAAGACGCCAGUCAGACCCUCCUCGACUCUGUAUACAGCCACCUGCCCGACCUCUUAUAGACCUCCUUCACUGCUACACGCACACACAUUCACAUGGAAUGUCACAACAUAAGACUGACAAACGUAUGCGUACUCUCCCUGAAAACCGCUGUGUUCUUCUGCGUCUCAUGCACACAAACUGAAAAUCUCUGGACAUGUCAGGCAAGGGUCUGUUAGCACAUUAAAAGCCACUGCUUACCUUAGCGUUCAUGUAGCAUCCAUAAACUCUUCUUUUAAAAGCUUCUCAUGUGUGUGCUGAUGACUGGAUAACUGCAUCUAGUAAGGUUGUAACUCAUCUAAUGUACAGAAUAUUCUGUAUGUUAAUGUCUAACACUUCAUUCAUUUUCAUGAUCUGCGGCCGGCUCUGUCCCUCAGUGCGCUGCCGAAACACGUCAGGGUCUUCUGUUGAAUGCUAUUUUACUAACUGAAAAGUCCUAACCAACAAAAUAUUUGUUAUUCAUUUUUCUUGCGUUUAUUAUUAUUGUAUAUUGCUGUUGCAAAUUUGUAUAUUUAUAAUUUACAAUGACUGUGUUUCACGUGAUUUCAUGGGCAUUCUAAAAGCAACCCUACUGGUAAUGAUAGCAUUCCUGACUGAUGAUAUGCAUUUAAUACUCUACUUGAAUUAGCCUGUCUCCUUCAAGAAAUAAAGAACAAACAUACUUGAUACUUUCUCCUAGCCCCAGUUGGGAAUGGCAGAAGCAACGCCAUGGCCUGUCAUUUGCAGCGCUUCCUGAGCGGGACUUCAAUAAGCUCAUGCGUGGGUAAAAACACAACCACCACCAAAUAAGCAUUCUGUGUUUCUGUAUUCAUAUUUCAGAUGCUGAUAUAUGUGGUAUGCAGAAUGUAUCUAGUGAAUGUGGUCUAGCAAUGUAGUAUGCUAGUCAAAUCAGACCACUUUGGUGCUAGAUAUUAUUUUGGGGAUUGUGUUCACCUCCCUCUGGACAACAGGGUGCACAGGGUUGUUAAACCUUUGUUGACCUACAAGAAGAAAAACCUGUGGAUAAAAGAAAAAGGCAACUGCUAUGAACUCUGCUGGACUGUACACAACAGCUGCUGCAAAGCUGCAAACUCAAGAGUGGAAGGAAACAUGGUCAGCAAUAUGAAGCUGAAGUUGGAACAUUGUAUUCUGGUGGCAAAUUUAAGAUUUAACACAUGUAACCAAUACAUUUACUAUUAUGUAACACAAGAGAUCAAUUAAAAUGAAAUUUUGCUACAA